UUACGUCACCGCGCAUGCCCGGGCUCUUCCGGCGCCGCUCGGAGCACGCACCGCCACUGCCACUUCCUUUCGACAAUUUAUAUGUUCGGCGCACGUGCUAUCGAAUAACGUCGAGAAUUAUUUUGCGACGUGGUGCAGCGAAUCGUGCGAACACAGCAUGGGUAAACCUGCAUUUUCACCAGGUAGAGGAGGAGGAGGAGGAGGAGGAGGAGGUCGUGGAGGCGGUCGCGGUGAUGGUAGAUCCUCCUUUGGAGGUAGAUCGAGCUUCGGCGAAAACCGCGGAGGCCGCGGAGGCAGAUCGAGCUUCGGCGAUGGAAAAUCCCCCCGCGGAGGUAGACCGAGCUUCGGUGGAGGCGGCAGAGGUGGGAGAGGUGGCGGUGCUCCACGUGGAGGACGAGGUGGCGGUCGGGGAGGAGGGGGAGGUGGCGGUUUUAAAGGCGGAAAGAAUGUUCUAAUAUUACAGCAUCGCCACGAGGGUGUGUUCAUAGCGCGAGGGAAGGAAGACACGUUAGUGACCUUGAGCUUGGUACCUGGCGUGUCGGUCUACGGGGAGAAAAGAAUCACCGUCGAGCCUGAGAAGAACGACAACGACGAUGAGAAAGUCGAGAAGAUGGAGAAGAUCGAAUACAGAGUGUGGAAUCCGUUCCGCUCGAAAUUGGCCGCUGCUAUUCUCGGAGGCAUCGAUCAAAUUUACAUGCCACCCGGAUGCAAAGUGUUGUAUCUGGGCGCGGCAUCGGGCACGACUGUGUCUCAUGUCGCCGACGUAGUUGGUUCGGAGGGGACUGUCUUCGCCGUGGAAUUCUCAAACAGAACGGGACGAGAUUUAAUUGACGUUGCCAAGAGAAGAAGCAACAUCAUACCUAUAGUUGAGGACGCGAGACAUCCUCACAAGUACAGAAUGCUUGUGGGAAUGGUAGACACUAUAUUCUCGGACGUCGCACAGCCAGAUCAAGCUAGAAUUGUUUCGCUAAACGCGCAAAAUUUCCUCAAGAGCGGCGGACACUUUGUCAUCUCUAUUAAGGCAAGUUGUAUAGAUUCGGUCGCUUUGCCUGAAGCGGUGUUCGCGGCGGAGGUGAAAAAGUUGAAUGCCGACUAUUUGAAACCGCAGGAGCAAGUCACGCUCGAACCGUACGAGAGAGAUCACGCCGUCGUGGUCGGUGUCUAUAGGCCGCCGAAGAAAGGAUAAAAAUUAUGUAUAUAGAUACGUAUAAGAUAUUUUAUUUGAAAAUAAUGAGGACUGUUACAUCGCUUUUCCUGUUUAUCUUUAAUAACAUUCGAGAUGUUACCUUCCAGGAAAAAAAGAAACAUUGCACAACAUUGUAUGUGUGAGAACAAUUUGAAACACGAAGUGACAAAAUAUACAAAUAACAUAUAGUACGUAAUAUAGUUAUAACGUAUACAUUGUAUUUCCGCUGCUUGUGAAGUAAGAAAUAUACAACUCGAAAAUACAUUGAUAGAUUAUUUGAUUUAUAUUUUUGUACAAACAAAAUGCCGUGUAUAAAAAUAAGAAAAAUAGCCGAUAUCAAUAAUAAACAUUAUGCUGUGAAAAAUGUUCAUAAUUGUCUUCGUACAUGAUAUUCAUAUACAUAUAUGUGUAUGAUAUCAGUUUAUAUAUGAUCUUGAAUAGAAUAUUGUUCUCGUACAUAGAAUGUAAUGUUCUCUUAUAUUGGAAGGUAAGCUUUUGGAUAUUAUUUAAAUAAAAAGUGGUAUAGACAUGAAAAGACAUUGCUUUUGUUAGCAGUGCUGAUUAAAUCUCUUCCUUCGAGGAGAAUUCCAUUGCGAACAUAAUUCCUUUCUAUACAUUUCUAUGUAAAUGUUGACAUUUUCAUUAUUUUCAAUAAAGAAUAUUUAUCGAAUUUACAGUGAUGCGCAACGAAUUGAGUUACUUCUCUUUCAGUACUAUUAGAGCGAAUGCGUUGCUUGUACUAGUGCACAAUAAGGCUUGUUUGCAGUCAAUUCUUGUAUUUAAGGAUCGCCUUAAAUAUCUCUUGAAAUCUCUCACAGCCAGUAAAAUUAUCUAUUUAUCAUUCAUGCGGAUAAUUUUACGGCUAAAUACUCUUUGAACAUGUAUUUAAGACAAAGUUAAAUAUAAAAAUUUAUUACAAACCGGCCUUAGUGUGCACUCGGUGCGCACUAGUGCAAGCAAUCGAAUUCGUUGUUAGAUCUCUGACUUUUAAAAGAGAAUUUCAUACAGAAAUCAUUUAUAAUAUGAAGCUAAGAUCACGGGAAGUACGGUAAAUAUUAUAAAUCGUAAUUUCUUUAUAAAUUCUUAAAAUUAAAUAUUAAUUAUGUUUUAUACAAUAUUGAUAUGUAUUAUAAUGGAAUAGAUAAGAUAAUACUGUAAUCGUAAUUAAAAAUGUUUCUAGACAUUGUAAUAUAAGUAUUCGCGCCAAUUUAGUAUCUGUUUCAUUACACUAUCUCCAAAGUUUUAAUUA